UGUGUGUGUGUGUGCGUGCGUGUGCCACAGAGUUGGCAGUGGCAAAACGCGCAGAAACGAAUGUUGAAAAUAUUCGAAAUUUAAUUGAAUUGAGUGGAAUAUUUCUAAUUCAGUUAAAAGCGUAAUGCAUAAGUGAAUAAUUUGCCGAAUUUGUGGAUAGAGCUAAUAAGAAAAUGUGUAAUUGAUGAAUUAAACAACAAAAUUGAAAGCUUUGAACCCAAUUGAGGGGAUUUUGUAUCGAAAAAUUUUAGUGGAUGUGGAAAGAAGAAAACGGAAAAAGAAGUAUGUGUGUAAAUGUGCUCGAGCUUCGAGAAGUGAAGAGGGCCUUUAAAAGCAACAUUUCACUCAGCCUUCUAGCGUAACUACAAAUGAGCAUGUGCGAAAGAGAUAAAUAGCGAGCUAUCGUUAACGACAGCAAACGGAUAUAAAUCAUGAAAAAAUAGAAAAGGUGUAAAGAAGAAACUCGAACAAAGUGGCUGAGAAAAAGAAAUUGAACAAAUGAGCGGAGUGAAGUGUGUGUGAGUGGGAGAAGUGGAACAAACGGAAUUGUGAAAGAAAACAUAAAAAUAACUAUUCCAAAUGCAGGAAGCGUCAACAAAAUGGAUAAUAAAACAAUACAAUUGGAUUUCAAAUUACUGGUAGGGCAGUCGUUAAAUCUGCUCGACAGUCUCGACACAGCAUCCCGAUGCGAUGCUCUGCACUAUCUUUUGCGUACGCUGAAAUGCAAGUACCCUGAGUCUUGUGAACGGGUGGCGAGAUCUGUUUUCCCGCAUUUCACCGAUGAGUUUGCCAGUUCUACAAAAUCGGCUCAAAAGAAACAAUUGCAGCUGCAGCUAUUGCUCACUGCCAAAAAGGAAGAGAUUAAAACGGAGGAUGAAGGCUCCACCGAUCUGAAUCAGAAUUUCGAGAAGAUCCUUUGCAAAGAGGAGCUCAUGUGCCUCGAUGAGGACGACGAAGAUGCGGACGAUGAUGCUGAAAUUGCCGCUAAUACUGAAGCGAAUGACGCCGACGCAGAGAAUCCGUCUUCCAAUAAUAGACCCUUGCACUACAACAGCGUGUGCGUUAACAAACGAGAUCCGCUGGAUCUAAUACCCUCGUCCAUUAUCGAUACGCGACACCUGACGAAAGCAAAAUAUCGCACCUCCUACCCGCAAACAAUUUUCGGCGGCGGCAGUGAAGGGGCCAGUGCACGUCUUGGUAGUGACGACAGCAAUAACAGUUGGGAUGUACUAGCGGUAUGUGAUCAAGCGAAAAGCUUAUCGCGUCUUCAUAGCAGAAACAAUAACCACAAUCAUUUUACGAGAUUGCUUAGCGAAGAGCUCGUGCCUAGCAGUGGAGUGCGAGGUAUUCGGCUUGCGAAAACCGAAGAUGACUACUUUUUCUACCCGGACAAUGAGUGGACCAUACACUAUCAUCACAGUACGGGUGAAUUUAGUGUGCGAGCCUACAAGAAGCUCUUUCGUUUUCGUCUACAAACCGCACUAUGUGAAGAGCAUAAGCCCUUUUUAAAGAAAUUCUAUAAGAAUUUUAUUGCCUCCGGUCAAUUGAUGGGGACGAGGCCUCCACCUCAUGUGCUACAAGCUCUGCGCGAGCAACGUCGGGAAGAGUGGCAACAACUUCAUCAGCGUAAAUUGGCCGCAGCCGCUGCUGCAGCUGUGGCGAAUGCACAGAGACGGCGUCUUUUGCCAGCGAUCAGCUUCGAUUCGGAGCAGGAGUCCGAAUCUGAGUCGCAAAUGUCAUCGUCAGUAGCUGCACAAGAUAUCUUGAAAUUCGAGGAGAUCAUUGACGAGGGUGUAGGCGCUGGACGUCUGAUGCAUGGCAUGGAAAUCGAGCCGGAUAUCGAAGAUGCUUUAGGCGGCGGCAGCAGUGCCAGCGGUAGUGGCCAUAGCAAUAGUAGCAAUGGCGUGGCUGGCAUAGAUUUGCGAACACUGGUUGCUACAACACCUGAAAGUGUGUUGACAAUGGCGACAACUACAAACAAUACGAACACAGCUUCUUUAGUGGGUGGUGAGAGCAUAGGAAGUACAAGUUUGGGUGGUAUCAGCAACCAUUUACAACAUAACCAACAGCAGCAACAAGGAAACAAUAGCCUUGUGAUAAAUGGCCUUACAGCAAGCAAUAAUUUAAGUAACCUUAGCUAUAACAGUCAGCAAUUAGCAAAUAUUGUUGGUGAUCUUCCAAGUUUGGCUCCUAAGGAGCAAAAACAGCAACAGUUGCAAAGCAUCAGUUUACAAAACGAACCGCGAGGUCGCCUAUCACAACAUCAACACCACCAAAACUUUUCCAAGCAAUAUUUGCAAGAGCAAACUGAUCAGCAGCUUCCGAGCUCCCUAGCUUUUCCGGCAUUUAACGAUGUAGCCCGUGAAAGUAUGACAAGUGCAGCCGGGAUGCCGACAUUGGAUAAUGGCAACAAUAGCAGUAUCACCAUUAACACCCACGGCAGCAAAAAUGGCCCGAUGCUUUUGGCAGGAAUAAAUAACAGUAGUAAUAGUAGUGGCAGUGUUGGUGACGCUGGCGGGGAUGCUUCGAUAAUAAAGCCAAUAUCCGAAAGUCUCCACAACAAUGUGUCGAGGGCGAAUCAGGCACACUUUCUUGCUCACCAGCAACAACAACAACUAGAGCAACAGAGGCUAAUAUUGCAUAAUCAAAAGCGAGAUGCUCCGCAACAGCAGCAGCAGCUACACACACAUCCCUUAACAUUAUUGGGUGGCAUGGCUGAGAACGCUCAACAACAGUUGCAGCAGCAACAGCAAGAGCAAUUGCAACUGCAGCAGCAGCGUAUGCAGCAGCAGAACUCGGCAACCGCUGUAUUCAUAAACAGUAUUGACAACAUACUCGAGGGUAGCAAUUUGACCGGUGUGGCACAACAAAAGCACUCACAGCAAAAUUUCCAUUCAGAGCUACUAACGCACUCGCCUACACUGCAGGAGCAGGGUUCACAGCAAGCUGCACUGUCGGCACACGUGCAAUUGCAGCAACAGCAACAUUUACAACGCACUAUGCCAAUGUUACAUGCGCAUUCACAGCAUUCGAACGCACUGCAACAUCAGCAACACCUACAAUUACAACAGCAGCAAGAACAAAUCGCCAGUACAUCUUCCGGUUGUGCCGCAACUACUCCGCCAGCAGUAACAGCGGGUACCUCUAUGGCCAUGAAUAGUGCGCUCUCUGCAUGCGUAACACCAACCAGUGUAAUGGCUGGUGUUUCCGCAACCGCAUCCACUUCGGGUUCAAUUUCGUCGAACUCAUUAAAUGUUUCAUUAGGUUUGGAUGAGAAUGAUUUGUCACACGACGAUGAUGAUGAUGAUAUGGACGAGCAUGAUUUGGACGAUAUAGAAUCGAAGCAGCAGCUUAUUGAUGGCGGUAGUAGCAGCAGUACUUCGCUGCAAGCACCACCUAUUAGUUUGGGGGUAGGUGGAGCAGGUGUUGCCGGUGCUGGUAUAAAGAAGGCGAAGCCUAGCUAUCAGUGCUUGCAGUGCCCCAAGUCGUAUCGUAAACGCAAAUCACUGUUGGACCACUAUAAGAUUCAUCCGGGUUUCUGCCAUGAUUGUGGACAACCGAAUGGUACAUCGCUGGAGGAAAUUAUUCAUCACAAUCGUACCAUACAUGCCAAGGAGUUUCCCUUCGUUUGUGACACAUGUGGCGAAUCUUAUUCACGUCGUCAACAAUUCCAUGCCCAUGUUGAAUCUCACAGCAAGAAAGAGUUCAAAAGUGAGUGUGAGUCCUAUUCUUGCAUCGAAUGUGCCCAGAAGUUUCCUCACAAGAAACUGCAUCAGCAACACUUGGAUACAACCGGCCACAAGGCAGACGGUGCUAUUUGUGAGGUUUGCGGGGCGGAUUUCCCUUCGAAGAAUGCCCUCUAUCAGCAUAUAAUACGUGUCCACAAAAAAGACAACUUUUUCGAGUGCCACAUUUGUCAGAAUCGCUUUACUUUGAAGGCGAACUUGGAGCGCCAUGUACAGCUGCACACGGAAGUGAAACGAACUUACGUUUGUGAUAUAUGCGGUUCAUCUUAUUUUACAUAUCCAGCACUAAAGGAUCACCACAGCAAUGCCCACACCGAUGCAUCGGAGUGUAAAUGUACUUUAUGCGGUAAACGUUUCGGCUCGGUGAAAUCACUUCAGCGACACUUGCCAUCACAUUCAGAGGAGAGGCCGCACUGCUGUUGUUACUGUGAUCAGACCUUCAAGUGGAAAACUCAUUUGGUGCGCCAUAAGCAAACCGUUCAUGGUAAUCAACCAUCGCCGAAGAAAGUAAGACGUUUCGCCAAGGAUGAAGAAAUGACACCAACGCCAGACAUGCCGGGCCCUCCACCCGCUAAAAUUGCGAAAAAAUCCAACGCGAGCAAAACAAAGCAGCAGCAACAGGCGAACCAACAGAAUCCGCCACAGCAGCAGCUACAAAGAGGUGUGAGUAGCGUAUCCACACCUCCGCCAUUAUCAACCACACCAGGCACAUUACAGCAGGAUUCGUUUAAUGCUUCAAUGAUUAGCAAUAGCAGUUCCCAAUCUUCAACUGCGUCAGCAUCGGCAUCACAGCAUUCGCUGUCAACCAAUGAAUCUCAACAAAAUUCCAUGUACACUCAAAGUUUCAACGCCGAAAAGUUGGUCGGACAUCAAGCACAGCAACAACAACAACAACCGCAGCCAACAUUGUCUCAGCCACAGCCUCAACAUUGUAAUCCAGCUGUUGCAGCAGCGGCUCAUCACGCACAACAACAACAAAUUCAGCAACUUCAACAGCAAAGACCAACGCCGCCACCAGCACAGCAGCAACAUCAACGUCGUACGCCUAAUACACCCAGAAAUACCACACCGGAUGGUAAUGUGAGUAGCGGCAGUGUCGGAAUUGGCGUUGGCGUCGGUGGCAACAGCAAUGUACCCGGUAGUAAUAUUCUGUCGCGUCUGAAUAGUUUCGGUCCACCUUCCGGGGCCAGUGGCGUUAGUAACAUAACGGGCGGACCAGAGUUUCGAUUUGAUCCAAAUCAUGCUGCGUCUGCAGGUUCUAGCAGCGCUAGCGCUUACCAACAGCAUCAACUAAUCAACCAGUAUCAACAACAACACCAUCAACAACAACAAGCUGCCGCCUCAGCAGCUGUAGCACAACAACAGCAGCAGCAACAUCUGCGCAGCCAUACACCACAAAGUCCGCAUCAACCACAUCCGCAGCAGGCACAGCCACAUUUUACAUCGCCACAUCACAUGCCUGCCACACAACAACAGUUGCAUCAUCAUCAACAGAUGUUGCAUCACCAGCACCAACUGCAGCAGCAGCAACAACAACAACAACAACAACAGCAGCAGCAGCAGCAGCAGCAUCGCCACAAUCAACAGCGUUCGCCACAUCACGCCACUCCUACUCAACAGCUGCAACAACAACACCACCAGCCAUCACACUCACCACAACGUGGACGCUUGCAAUCACCACAACCACAGCAAUCGCCAUUGCAGCACCAACAACAACAACAACAACAACAACAAUUGCAACAACAGCAUCAGCAACAGCAGCAAUAUGCGUUACAGCAACAAUCAAACGAGCCGCCAUGGGCUAAUAUUGGAUUUGCCGGUGUCAGCAUGCAGCAGCAACCUCAGCCGCAGCAACAACAGCCCGCGGCACAACAACAACAACAACAACAGCAGGGCACUGUGGGAGGCACACCUGGUGGCGAGCUCAAAGACAAGUUCUACAUUGUUGAUGCUCCCGAUUUCCUUGGGCUUCCCCUGAAUGUGGGCUCCAAUGGCAGUGCAACAGGAGCCUCAACACCAAACUCACUUUCUCAGCAGCAGCAGCAACAACAACAACAACAACAACAACAGCAGCAGCAGUCCCCAGGGGGUGCGAGCAGUGGUGUCACCAACAAACAGCAGGAACCAGCGAUAGGCGGAGAACUAAUUAGUUUUCAGAAUAUUUGGCCAACGCCUGGUUCGACUACGUCGCAAAUGAUGUUCGGAAGCAGUACGCAACAGCAACAGCAGCAACAACAACAACAACAACAGCAGCAGCAACAACAACAGCAAGCCCAAAACAGCGCACAAAGUGGACAAGCUGGCGCCAUUAGUGCUGCAAGUGUUGGCUCCACCGAUCCACAUAACUACAAUAAUAUUGGCAGCAUACUCACGAAUCUCAUUGAUACCAAUCCAACUUCAAUGGAAUACAACUUUGAUUUAAUGCAGCCGGGCGCUGCACAAAUGGGCGUUUCACAAUCGCAACCACAACAACAUCAGCAAAGCCCACUUUCAGCCCAUCAGCAGCAGCAACAGCAGCAACAACAACAGCAACAGCCACAACAACCACAACAUCCGCACUCCGCUCAUCAACAGCACCAUUCGCACCCACAUCAGCAUCAGCAACACCAUAGCGCAGCAGCUGCAGCGGCCGCAGGCAAUUAUGGGGCAGCUAGCUUAAUGCGCCACACUAGCAUAUAUGGGUCUCCAAGUGGCGCUUCUCUAUAUGACACUAGCGCUGCCGCUGCUGUGGCUGCGCAUCAUCACCAUCACCUGCCUUCUCAUCACCCGAGUCUAGUGGAGUUGUCAGAGCAACAACAAAAGAAUAGUUUUCAACCAUAUCACCCACAUGCAUCUUCCCAUUCGCUAAGUGGACACCAUCCACUUGCGCCGACUGCACAUCAUCCGCUUGCACCGCAUUUGUUGCCGCCGCCGCCGCCGCAUGCGAGCAUAUACGAUCGCGGCGUUAGUGGUGGUGGGUAUCCUACGAUGCUGAUGGGCAGUGGUCCCGGUAGCGGUGGCGGUGGGGAAGAACAAAAAACUGUAUUACCGCCAAUCAGUGAUUACAUGCAUCACAUACAACAACAACAACAUUUGCAGUCACAACACCCACAACAACCGGAUCUGGUUUACUAUCCAGUGAAAAAUGAAUGACAUCUAAAGUAGGGCGUAGCGAUGAGUGUGGGAAUAAUUGGAGGUGAGCAACAACAGAACUGCAACACAAACAGCAGUGGCAUAAGUUCUUACGCUGUAUCGAAACGGCACCACCCAUACCAACAACUGCCACCGCCAUCGUUCAGACAUUAUCACAAUAAUAAAGGCGGGGAGGUGCACUUACAUGCACAACAACUGCAGCAUCAUCACUUUCAGCAUCAUCAACAACCGUCGACAUCAUCACACGCUUGGUGGCAUGCAGUAACCGCGCUUGGCGCAACUCCACCCGCAACAACGCCACUAGCUGCAACAGCCAAAGUUGCUGCGGGCGCUGGAGAAGGUGAACUAGGUGAAGUAGGUACAGCGUUAGAAGAAGUUAAUCGAGCGCCAGCUACAUUUGCAUCAACCGCAACUAAGGGAGGCGGACAUUUCUUCUAAGCGUAAGUUAGGAGUUGCAAAAAGCAACAGAUGUUAUUACAUAUAAGAAGAAAAAAUAAAAAUAAAACAUAGAUAUAUAUAAACAUAACCUUAUAAAUAUAAUAGUAGCUAGGAUUAUACAGCCUGCAUAUAAGACGCGCAAAGAAAGCGGUAGCGAGUUUUAAAAUUAGCAUAUUUUGCAAAAUGUGUUUUCUCUUUGGAAAGCAUAUACUUUUUUUCGUUUAAAAACAGGUUACGAAUAGGUUUGUAAAUAAUUGACGAUAAAUAAUUUUUUCCCCUAACACAUAUUAGUUCGAAAUCAGGUCUUCGAACUUAAACGCCUUUAAGGACCAGCAUCGUACAUGCGAACACAUAAAGAAGGAAUGAGAAACGCAAGCAUACACAUACAUACAUAUAUUAAAAUGCGUAUUGCAUAAGUUAUGCAAAAAAAUACAUACAUAUAUCACAAAUUAUAGCUUAUAAAAAUCGUGUAAAUAUCAAAGAAAAAUUUAAAGAUAUAUAAAUAGGCUUUAACUACACAUUAUUACAAACAUAUAAGUACAUCCAUACAUUUUUAAAAAGCUCGCGAGCGCUUGAUCCUCAACCGAUGAGUUAUAUCAUACAUCUGAUCAGCUGCAAAACAGGACCAUUGUACAGUAAGCAGGCAAAUUAAUAUGAUGGCAUUUUAAAGUUUGCCAUUGAAUGGAUCUUAUCAAGGAUAUUUACGUAUGUAUGUAUGUACAUAUGUAUAUAGUAUUUGAAGUACAUAGAAUGAAAAAACAUACACAAAUAUGUAUGUAAGUACACAAGCUUUGAAAAAGUGUGCAAGUUCGUUUGAUUGAAGAUUAAGUGAAAACUAAAUUUGUGUAUGCACAA